AGAACAGGCGGUUUCCCGUGUAACCACCGCGCGCGCGCUAGCCCGCGGCCGAAGCGAAACCGGAGCCGUCGGUGUCGCCGCCCGGCCGUGGCGUCUGGUAUAUUACAGGGGCGGCCGAGGCCCAAAAGCCACUGGGCGCGCGCGCACGCGAGCGAGGGAGCGAGGCGAGGUAGCUGCUGCGCGGCUGCACCCGUCGAUCGCCGCGGCGCCGGCGGGCCUGGGGACGGACGCGACGCUAGCUGGGCCACAUGCUGCGCCGCGUCCUCGACGGCUUCGACUGCCUGCACCCGCGCCGGCGCCGGCGGCACGGUGGGGGCGCGGGCGCCGGGGCGGUGCCGGCUGCCAAGGCGCGCGUCGCCGUGCGGCGGUUCGGCGGCUCCAGCAAGGCCGCGCCGUGCAGCGGUGUCAGCAGCAACGGCGGCGCCGCGGCGGCGGGCGGGGGAGGGCGGGAGGUGACGAUCCGCGUGGCGACGUUCAACGCGGCCAUGUUCUCCAUGGCGCCCGCGGUGGCCGCCGAGCCGGCAGCCGGGGCGGGGGUUGGGGCGGAGCGAGGCGCUGGGCUCUCACUCCCGGGCAGCCCGGGCGGCGCGCGGCGGCCCAAAGGCAUCCUGAAGGCGCAGGCGGCGAGCUUGGCGCGGUCGCCGAGCAAGGCGCGCGUGUCCAUCAACCUCCAGGACAACGAGAUCUCCCUGGAGCGUAGCCGGCUCUGGCGCGGCAAGAGGCAGCCGCCGCAGCAGCAGCAGAGGCGUGAGGCGGCGGAGGCGGUGGCGCCGAGGCGGCGGAGCGUGGAGGAGGUGCUGCGCGAGGCGGGCGCCGACAUCAUCGGUCUGCAGAACGUGCGCGCGGAGGAGGAGCGCGGGAUGCGGCCGCUGUCGGAGCUCGCCGAGGGCCUGGGCAUGCGCUACGUCUUCGCCGAGAGCUGGGCGCCCGAGUACGGCAACGCCGUGCUCUCCCGCUGGCCCAUCAAGCGCUGGAAGGCGCACCGCGUCGCCGACCAAUCCGACUUCCGGAACGUGCUGCGCGCCACGAUCGAGGUGCCGGAGGCCGGGGAGAUCAACUUCCACUGCACGCACCUCGACCACCUCGACGAGGGGUGGAGGAUGAAGCAGGUGGACGCGAUCAUCCGCUCCGGCGACGCGCCGCACAUCCUCGCCGGCGGCCUCAACGCGCUCGACGGCACCGACUACUCCGCCGAGCGCUGGGCCGACAUCGUCAAGUAUUACGAGGAGAUCGGCAAGCCGACGCCCAAGGUGGAGGUGAUGAAGUACCUCAAGGGGAAGCAGUACGUCGACGCCAAGGACUUCGCCGGAGAAUGCGAAGCUGUUGUGGUUGUGGCCAAAGGGCAAGACGUGCAGGGGACAUGCAAGUACGGCACCAGGGUGGACUACAUCCUGGCAUCCCCAAACUCGCCCUACAAGUUCGUACCUGGAUCCUACACGGUCAUCUCUUCCAAAGGAACAUCCGAUCAUCACAUCGUCAGGGUCGAUGUAACCAUACCUCAGAUCAAAGAAACCGACACCGAAACCUUGAACCGCAAACAGAGAGUAGUCAGGGUGAACAAGAAGAGCUCAAGAAAAGGGAUAUGGGGUGCUAAAUGAUUUCUUUUUUUUUGUUGGGUCUUAGUUCUUUGCAUUCUUUUUCUUUUGCCGGGUGAUGUGGGUUGCUUGGAAUUGUGUAUACAGCUAUGGUUGUUGGAGUAAGUCUGAAGAAGCCAGGUUGCAAUGGCUGCUGUGGUGUGUGACCAAGAAGUGGAAGCAUGCAACGUAUUUUGGCCAGGUUUCCCUUCUGUUGGUUACCGUCUUGCGUAUGUUUGUAGAUUCAGAGUGACUUCAGCUGGAAGUUCUCUAAUGUUGAAGGCAUUGCAGCAUACCUGGUUGCCGUAAAAGUGAACUGCUUGAAUUGGCAGGAGUAAUUUAUACUCCACGGCUUCAGCUUCAUAGACAAAAAAUGAUUCAUCUUAUUUUUAAAAAAUAAACUAUAUUCUCUAAA